GUUGUCGUUAAUCUGGGGGCACGAGCUGCAUUCAUCAAUAUGGCGGCGGGUGUGAACAGCUUUGUCAUUUGUGUUCUCAGAGCGCGUGAGCUGCAAGAUUGACCCUUCAGGGCCUCUGUACCUGUAAAUAAACCUUGUAAACAGACUCUGAGGGGCUCAGCUGUGUCUCACUUGAAGUUAAAACUGCGGCUGCUUCGGUUAGCAUGCUAGCUGUAGACACAGGGAGGGGGCGGAGUUUAACGGAACAGCUGAAAACAGAAGAGCCAACGGAAGUUUCCGUGAAAAAGAGGAAAAGACCGUUUUAAAAAUGUCUAAAGUCCAAACUGUGAGGGUUUUAAUAAAACAGAGACUUAUUUCAGCUGCAGAGGAGAUCUUUGAGAUCUUUGAAAAAACUAUCUUAGAGUACGAGGAGAAACUCUGUCAAUCAUCAGAGGAGAAGAAGAGACAAGAGAAACUUCUGGAUUCACUUCUAAACCCUCAGCUGCAGCUCCACAGAGCAGGUCUGUUCACUACUGUUUUAUUCUGAAGGUCUGAGAACAGUCAGCAGGUCUGUUCACUGUUUUACUCUGAAGGUCUGAGAAUAGUCAGCAGGUCAACCCAGGUCCGAAAACCUGGUCCGAGGAAAGGGUCUUGUUAAAGAACAUCUCUAUAGGAACCUUUAAUAUGAGGAACCUUUGUGAAGGUGUGCUGAUCAGGUUCAUGACAGAUGAAGUCCUUCCUGUUGAUAAAUUGCCCAAGCUCUUCUGAGAUCUGUCCGUCUGCCCUUCCAGGAGGUAAAAACUUCAGGUUAAAUCAGACUAUUAACAUGAAUGAAUGAGGGUAUUUCAGUGGCCUGUAGAUGGCGCUGCAGUCUCAAUUAAAGGUGUGGUAGGCAUGAAUCCGUAAAAGAAACCUCUUCUUUUGUGAUGUAUCUACAAAAAAAUCUUUUGAUAUCAGUCAGUAGUUAUUAGUUACUGAUGACUUUUGGUAAUAUAUCGAUAUCUCUGUGUUCUCUCAUAUCUGUGUCGUCAACAUUUUAACAUUUUUGAGCGGCCCGCUCUUGCUGACUGUAAACAAAACCGUUCUCCACCUCCUCUAACCUGAUUGGUUGUGAGGCAGACACUGCUCCCCCGUGUCGUUCACGAGCCCAAACAAAGUUAGCGUGCUACAAUAUCGGACAGUAGAAACCAACCAGAAAGUUCGGAAAAUUGUCUGAAUCCUUUGGCCACGACUGCCGACACAAGCAAGAAAAAGAAGUAAAUACCGGAGACUCUGGCGGAGGUAGACCGGACAAGAGCUGAAAAAGCUGGGUCAACAUAAAUGAUGGGGGACGCUUCGGGAUCUUGGUGACCCUGUAACCUUUCUGCUGGACAGGUAAACCGCUUUAAUAAAGUAAGACAAGUGUCUGUAUCAGAAGUGCUUUUUGUCAAACAGGACCUGCUGUAGCGUGUUGCCGCUAAACUGUCCUCCCUCGGGUCCUGGACUAUGUCACUUUAUCCUAGUUGUAGAAGUCCUGCAAGCAUUGUGUUUACUGGUAGUCUGUUGGCAUCUACAGUAGCACCAAUGCUUUUUACGCUCACAUUGACUGGGCCCCAUUUGUAAUGAUCUGAAGUAUUUAUCUGCAUUAUUUCUGAAUUUGAUUGGAACGAUACGAGCGAGCAGGAGCGUCUGUUUGUGGGCGGGGAUUGCUGGAGCAGCGAGGGAGGGGAGAAGAGGAGCUGAGGGGAAAACUGGUUGGGAGGAGUAGAGUUGACAUUCAAGACUUCUCCUAAAAACUGGAACUUUACCAGAUCCCGACUACCCCACCUUUAAGUCAUGUCAGCGCUCAUAUUCAGGAUGAAUUUAUUUCUCGUCUGUUUUGUUGAUGUGAAAAUCCCCUGGCAGAUUUAGAAGAGGGUUAAUAAUCUCUUAAUGAUCCCAGAGUGUCACGGUGAAGGUGUGAAAAGAUGUUUGUGAGAUUUAUUCAUGUUCUCAUUCCCACAGAGAUGGUCAGGAUUCAUCCGAAAAGUUCUGAGUCAGUCCUCUAAAAAAGACUCUCAGUUCAGGUGGAUGAGCAGUGUUUCGAUCUUCUGCUUCUUUAGAUCAGACCUGGGCAUUUUAUGACCCGAGGGCCACAUCCGGCUCCUUGGAUGUCCCUGCCCGGCCCUUUGUGAGGUCUGUCAGUCAGAUCAUCAUCAUGCUAUAAAAGUGUGUUGCUUUUAUUUUGAAAAACAAGCCGUUGUUUUAUUUCUAUUUGGACGCAUGUGUGUCCAUCCUAGAUCUGCAUUUAUGAACAGAGACAAGUUUAAACGUCGGCAAAAUACACAUGGACGCCUUAGAGUUGCCAAGUCCGCUUAUUAUAAAAGAUUUUAAGCUUGUUUCUCUGAGUAGUCGCUUGUAAAACUCGUGAGUCAGUAGUGAGUCGUGAGUCAGCAACUAGUAGUUGCUUAUUUGGGCUUCCUUUUCUGUGUGAAUCCCCCUGAUUUGAAGUUGAAGUUAUUGUUGGUUCGGCCCUCCAACACAGUUUAGGUUUCUCAUGUGGCCCCAUGUAAAAACUAAUUGCCCACCUCUGUGUUAGACUGAACCUCAGACUCGAAGCUGAAGCUUAGUAAUCUGGUCUCUCUGGGUCGAGCACCGCCAUAUAGACUCUCAUUACCUAAUCUGAUACCUCAGGCCUCAUCGAUGGAUUCUUUGAAACUGUGAGUCAGGAUCACGGUUUUCAACUCUGAAGGUUCACAAAUAAGAAGGGUGAAGACGAGGCUGAGUGACAAAUAUAAUUUUUUGAAAGAGUCAAACUCCAAAGUUGUCCAGAUUUUUGCUGAAACUUUGAUCAUAACCAGGUUUUAAAUGAUUAGAUUAGAGUAGAUUAGAUUCACAGUACAAGUACAGGAACAAUGAAAUGCAGUUUAGCGUCUAACCAGAAGUACAAAGUAGUAAAGUGCAAGGUAUGAACUGAAUAUACUAUAGUGCAAUGAAUAUGCUACAAAUAUAUACACAGUGUUGGUUACUGCAGGUAUGAACAGGCUAUACAACAACAACAAAAAAAAUCUAAUUAUGUAUAUUAUCUACACUACAGGCCAAAAGUUUGGAAGCAAGAUCAGGUUUGUACAAAAAAAGAUCAUAGUUUCAUAUUUAUAAUUUGCAACACAAUAAACAUGACUAUUGUGUAAAGAGUAACUUAUUAGAAGAUAUUUUGACUAUAAUUAUGAGGUAUUUGAGUUAUUGUUGCUUUGACUUUGCUUUCUUUAAAGUAACCUCCUCUGGCUUUAACAACAGCUUGUUAUAUACCAGGCAUUCGUUCACCAAGUUUUCUAAGGUCUGUUCCAGGGAUUACAUUUCAAGCUUUCUUAAGUUCAUUAAAAAGAGACUGCUGAUUCGUGGGACGCGUUUUUCUGACCAAUCGAUCCAAUUCAUCCCACACAAGCUCAAUUGAGAAAGGUCUGGAGACUGAGGGGGCCAAACCAUCUUUUGAAGAACACCUGCCUCUUCUUUUUUGUCUAGGUAACCCUGACAGAGCUUGGCAGAGUACUUAGGGUCAUUGUCUUACUGCAAAACAAACUUAUAACCCACAAGUCUGAGUCCAGAUGGAACAGCAUGGUGCUAGAGGAUGGAGUGGUACUGUUCCUUCUUCAUGAUACCCUUUAUUUCAAACAAAUCUCCUACUCUAUCACCUGCAAAACAUCCCCAUACCAUGGAACUACCACCUCCAUGCUGAAUUGUGGGUGUAACACAUGGUGCUUUCAGACGUUCACCAGUUUGUCUGCAGACAUAGACUCUGCGUUUGGAACCAAACAGUGCAAACUUGUUUCUAGUCAUCAUAAGUCCAAUUUUUGUGAGCUUUUGCCCACUCAUAUCUCUUUUUCUUGUUCUGUGGACGAAGUAGUGUUUUUUUGCAGAUACACAACCCUUCAGACCAGCCUUUCUCAAACGUCAUUUCACGGUUGUCAGAGAUAUGGGUUUCGACCUUGUCAUGUUGAUUUCCUCCCUUAUUUUUGGUGCUGUCUUUUGCCGAUCUCUCUUACUGGUGACAAUGAUAUGUUUAUCCUCUGCUUUUGUAGAAACUCUCUUUGGUCCAGGUCUUUUUCUAUCAUCAUAACUUCCAGGUUCCUCUCGUCUCUUCAGACUGUAGUGGACUCCUUUAUUAAACACCUUUAGCCGUUUUGUAAUUUCUCUUUCUGUGUAUCCUUCUUUCCUCAAUGUAUAAAUCUGUACUUUUGUUUCUUUACUCAGUUGCUUCUUUCUAGCCAUUUUUGUGGUAGUUUGAACGCAGUUGAGAUUUAUUGGGAUUUUUGUAUGCAGACUCUCAAAAGCCAAAAAGUUGAAGUGAAUGAUCCAACUGUGAUUUGUUUUUUUGCUUUUCUACUGAAGUUGUGACUCUUGCAAAUGUUUUCAAUCCUAAAACUUAGCCCUUAUUUUCUUUUGCUGACAUAUAUUUAGCAAUGGUCUGUCAACAUUAGAGAUGCACCGAUAAAUCGGCCGCCGAUUUAAAAAGCCGGUUUUAUAUCCAACCGGCCCCAACCGGUGACCGGCCGGUCACUGUCGUAAUUUGCCGGUUUUCCCCGAGCAAACUGACACGCAUGCGCGGUGCGUAUCAGCUCAGAGCAAAACUGCUAAAAAUUAGUAAGACUCAGGAGGAAAACAUGUCGGUGAUUUGACACUGUGUACCAGAGCGACCCAAAACACGCUGUUUGUAAUGCUUGCACGUCAAAAGUCAGCCGUGGAGGAUCAACGCCUAAGACAUUUGGAACAACAAACUUAAUACGCCACUUGGAAAAGAAGCACCCAGGCUUGUGUAGCAGAUAUAAGGAAUACACUGCCGCUAAGAGGAGGGAUGCAGCAGAGUCGCAGCGACCACAACAACCCUCGAUCGUAAAUCUGGUGAAACACCUGAGUCCAAAGUACAAAUGACCAAGUAGGGUGUUUCAUCAGAUUUACGAAGCCUUUACCCUGUACUACGCUAAACGGCUGGUCCUCCAGUGCCACGAACUCCAUUAUUUUCCUGGUGGUGGCUUUGGACUUUUCAGUGUUGAUGUCGAACAUAGGAGCCACGGCGGAGGGUUGUUGUGGUCGCUGCGACGGCAGUGUAUUCCUUAUAUCUGCUACACAAGCCUGGGUGCUUCUUUUCCAAGUGGCGUAUUAAGUUUGUUCUUCCAAAUGUCUUAGGCGUUGAUUGGUACAAACUACCAAGUAGGCGGUACUUUUCUGACACAGCGCUGCCAGAGUCGUUUGAGAGAGGUACUGGAGGGGUAGUCAAUAAAUUACAUUGUACCUGGCAAAUGCUGGGACGUUUUUGAAUGUUGUUUGAAUGUAAGUUAGUUACUGACCUGUAAACUGGACUGAAUGUUAUGGUCAGUGUAGAAAAUAAAUCUGCUCAGGAGGCACUGUUGAAACUCUCACUCUAUUUCUUAUUUGUGAGAUUUUAUUCUUGAAAAGGGGGGGUUAUGAUAGCAUAUAGCCUACCAUUAGUUGUGCUUUUAAUUGCAGUUAAGCAAAAUGUUGUCUGGGAGAGGGGUACUUAAAUUAAAAUUGGGAAUGGGUACUCAAGCCAAACAAAUAUGGUGUCUAUUAUAUGAUUAUAAUUAUUUCUCAGAUAGAAAAUCGGUAUCGGAAAAACCGGUUUUGGCAGGUCAGACUUCCUUUAAAACCGGAAAUCGGAAUCGGCCAAGAAUAUUGCAAUCGUUGCAUCUCUAGUCAACAUCAAUGUAUAUCUAAAGGUAAAUGGAGCAAAAUGGUGCAUUUCCAUGAAAGCAACAUCUGAUCAAGGAGUAAAUACAUCCCAAAAUACAUAAAACUCAUGCUGGAUUUAAAAAAAAGCAUUGUGAACAAAAACUUGAAGUUACUCCCAACUGUUUGGCCUGUAAUGGCCUUGCUUUCAAACUUUUGGCCUGUAGUGUAUAUAUACAGUAUACUGAUUAAUGGAGGUGUGAAAAAGAGAAAAUGCUAUUAAAGAGUGGGUGCGUUGAAGAAUAUAAACGGUAAGAUAUUUAGUAGUAGGAGUAGGAAUAGGUACAGUUAUUAAAUAAAUAGUUGGAUAAAAUAUGUAUACAGAUACAGCGGAGUGAGAUUAGUCUUAGAUGUGGGGGUCACCUCUGAGUAGAGUUUAGCAGGGUGACAGCGGAGGGGCAGAAGCUGUUCCUGAACCUGCAGGUUCUGGAAUGGAGGGACCUGUAGUGCCUCUCGGAGGGGAGGAGGGUAAACAGUCUGUGUCCUGGGUGAGAGUUGUCCCUGGCAAUGCUGCGUGUCCUCCGUAGGCACCACCUGCUGUGGACAACUUCAAUGGUGGGGAGUGGAGAGCCAGUGAUGUGCCGGGGGGUUUUCACCACCCGCUGCAGUGCCUUCCGAUCCUCAGUGGAGCAGUUACCGUACCAGACUGUGAUGCAGCUGGUAAGGAUGCUCUCGAUGGUGCUGCGGUGAAUGAUAAAGUCUGAUCUAAAUUUGGGUUUGAUAGAAUCCAAAAGGAGCAGAAACAUCUGACAAAAGUUCAGUCCUGAUAUCAACUCCAAGCUGUUCUGAGCAAAAGAGAAAGAGGCAUCAGUGUUUGAUUUACAGAGAGAGAAAGUGAAGAGUGUGAAGAUGUUUAAAGAUCAAAUUAAUUUAACUUUUUUUUUAACUCUUUCACACAAACAUACAAAAAACAGUCAUCUGUAAUUUGCCUCACACCCUCCUCAUGCACCAGUCAGCAGAUUCUGAUGUGUUUCUGUCUUUCAGCAUGUCCUGCAUACGUCCAGCAGCAGCAGUCUCUGAGGAAACAAGUGUCUCCGGAGCAGCAGAAGUGGAACUCCAGUCUGGACCAGCAGGACCCAACAAAACCAGAACCCCCCCACAUUAAAGAGGAAGAGGAGGAAGUGUGGAACAGUCAGGAGGGAGAGCAGCUUCAAGGACUAGAGGAGGCUGAUACCAGCAAGUUCUCCUUCACUCCUGUCUGUGUGAAGAGUGAAGAUGAUGAAGAGGAACCUCAGUCCUCACCUGGACCUUUGGGUGAGUUUAAAACUGAAGACUUUUCUGAAACUGAGACUGAAGAAAGUAAUGAGUGUAGGGAGACUAAAGAGCAUCAGUCAGGAUUUAAAAAAGUCCCUGAAGAUGAGAGACCAGAGAUGGGUCCAAAGUCCCACAGCUGCUCUGAGUGUGAACAAACAUUUACCAGGAGACUGAAUCUGACCAGACAUAUGAAGAUUCACACUGUAGAGAAACCCUUCAGCUGCUCUGAGUGCAGACAUUUUUUUUACCAAAAAGUCAAUCUGAACAAACACAUGAUUAUUCACACAAGGGAGAAACUGUACGACUGUCCUGACUGUGGUAAAUCUCUUAAAACUAAAGAAAAUCUGAUGGCACACUUGAGAGUUCACAGCGGGGAGAAACCCUUCAGCUGCUCUGAGUGUGACGCAAAAUUCAGAACCAAAAAAAAUCUGGCUCAACACAUGGUGGUCCACACAGACGAGAAACCGUUCCACUGCUCUGUGUGCGGGAAAGCGUACAAACAAAACUCUACGCUGAAGUUUCACAUGGCGCUUCACACUGGAGAGAAACCGUUCAGCUGCAGCGUUUGUGACCAGAGAUUCUCUUGGCCUUCUCAGUUAAGAAUACACAAGUGUGUUGGAGGUCAGGGGUCAGAGUGUCAUCAGAACUACAAUUCAGACCCAGGGGCUGAAGGAGAGGACUGUAGAAGACCAGUACUAGCUAAGAGCUCAGAUCAGGAGAUGUUUUCCCAAGCUGAGAUCGAGGUCAAGAUCGAGGAUUUUUCUGACCCUGAGACUGAAGUUAGAGACAAAGACUGCAAAGAGACCAGAGGAAAUCCGUUUGGUUUAGAUUUGAGCAUGAAGGAUUUACUCCCACUUUGUCAAAUUUCAAUGUCUCCUGUUGAGAAACCAUACAUCUGUCCAAUAUGUGGGAAAAGACUGGGCUAUAGCGGACAUCUAAAGACACACAUGAGGACUCACACAGGAGAGAAACCAUUUGGUUGUUCACUUUGUGGCAAAAGAUUCACACAGAAGUGUAGUCUUAAACAACACAUGGUUCUGCACACGGGUGAGAAACCCUUCAGCUGCAGCGUUUGUGGUCAAAGAUUUGCUUGGCGCUCACAGAUAAAAAGACAUGACUGUGUUGGAAAUCAGGCUUCAGAAUUGCAUCAGAACCAACUCAAGAUAGCAGCAGAACCAGGAGGUAAUGGACAGAGCUGUGGAGGACCAGAACGAGCCAGGUCCUCAGAUGUAAAGAAACACGUACGACCAGAGACUCAGGUCAAAACUGAUGAUUGUUCUGAACUGGAGACAGACGUUGAAGAUGUAAAGAGAGGAAAUCAGGCUGAUCCCAUAAAGGAAGUUUUUGUAAAACCCAAAGAAACUCAAAGAACUGACAAGAAAAGAUUUAACUGUUCGACAUGCAACAAAAAAUUUAGCCGUCAGAGAAAUCUAAAUAAGCAUAUGAGGUCCCACACUGGAGAGAAACCAUUCCAUUGCUCAGUUUGUGAUAAAAAAUUUGCCUACAAGGAAACGUUGGUCCGCCACAGCAAGUUUCAUACAGAUGAGAAACCGUUCACCUGCCCCGUCUGCAGCAAAAACUUCUCCCGGAAGGAAAACUUUGCUCGUCACAUGAGGUUCCACUCAGGAGAGAAACCUUACAGCUGCUCCUUCUGUCAUAAACAGUUUACACGAAAAGAGCAUGCCGUGACACACAUGAGGAUCCACACAGGAGAGAAACCCUACAGCUGCUCCGUUUGUGGGAAGAGAACAGGCUGCAAGACGAGUCUGAGAGUGCACAUGAGGACGCACACGGGAGAGAAACCUUUCAAAUGCUCCUUCUGCUACAGGAAGUUCACGCAGAGUGGCAGUCUGACUGAACACAUGGCCCUGCACACUGGAGAGAAAUCCUACGACUGCCCUCAGUGCGGGAAAAGAAUGGGCUGCAAGUCAAGUCUGAAGGUACACAUGAGGACGCACACAGGAGAGAAACCCUUCAGCUGUUCUGUGUGUGGAAAAAAAUUCACACAGAAGGGAAACUUAAAAGAGCACAUGGCCAUUCAUCAGAAGGAGAAACCAUUUAGCUGUAAAGUCCAAACUCUGGAGCUACAGGACAGUAAACUGAAAAAAACUGAAUCAAAUGUUUCUAAAGAGCUUCACUCUGCUUUAAAUUCCAACUCUGUAGAAAAAUGACGCAGUCUCAUAUCAACUAAGAAUCAGAGUGUUAUAGAGGAGAAAUCUAAAGUCAAUGAGUCAGUCUGAAAAGUCUCCUGGUUAUAAGACGUCCUACUUUUUUCAGCUGAGACAUUUUCUUGUUUUUAUAUGAAAUGAAAAUAAAGGUGGAGUAACUUUGACACAGAACCUAAUGAGAUGAGUUGAUGCUUUUAACACCUGAAAACAGAAUUUUGUUGUUCAGUGUCUAAACAUGAAAACUGAUUAGAAUGUGGAGCUGCUGUCAGAAACACUGAGAGUUUUCAUCGUGAAUUUUAUUUGUUGGGUGAGUUUUCCUCUUCCUCUUCGUUUAAAAACGGUCUUGUGUGUGCCAGUUUACGCGAACGGGAACAAGGAGAGAGGAAAAAACAUGUCGGACGAUACAAAAAGGUGGCAGAAAUGAGCUAAAGUGUGGCUUAAUUUUACUAUAAAAGACAACAACAGUGCAACAUUUGUUGAGCAGUGAUAACAUACAAAGGUGGAAACACCAGAAACAUGCUUCAACAUUUGUCAACGGAGCACAGCAUCAAAUCUAAGGAGUCACAUGUAUUGUAUGCUCUCCUCUGGUGUUGUGCUGUAAAUUGCAUCCCAUCUGUUCAUUAGCUUCUUAAAGUGGAAGAAAAUGAUCUCAUAUUUAAAAAAAACAUGAGUAUUGGAUCAUGACAACAUGUCAAAUGGAACAGCAAACUUUUAUUCUGUUAUGUCUCAAAAAUGCACAUAUAGAGGUGUACUUGGGUAUAUAAACUGUACAGUAAGCUGUCAAGGUAGAGAACAUUAUAUUUUCGGGACAGCAAAUAUUCCAAAUCAGAAGGCUUUUGUUUUUCGGCUUAUCUAAAUAGUCUGAAUGAAAUCAUGAAAGGCACACUCUUUUGAAUCCACCCAGUGGUAAGAAAAACUUGGAUUAUUUCGAGCAGCCCCCCUCUUUUGGGGGGUUGUCCAGGGGAGUUUAUAUAACCCCUCCGCUCACUUCUAAGCAAAGCCACUGACGCGACGCACACAUGCGCUGUCUUUGGGAAUUUAAAAUAUGCCUUUAAAUGAGUUAGAAGGGGAAUAAAAACACUCGACCCGACCAAAAAAAAAAAAAAAAAAUCUCAAAAUUGCACACACAAGUCUGCCCUGCGUAGUAGUAUCCUUUUUUGGGGGAUUCAGAAUAUGGUCACCCUAACGUAUGUCCUGUGUUAACAUAAACACAAUACAUGCCAGAAAUGCUGUACAAAUAAUAUUAUGUUUAAUAAUUUAAGACUCUUACUGAAGGUGGCAUACAUCUGUUUCUGUCAUCAGAGACUCAAAAUUUUGAGUGAACGGUGAAAACCUAUAGUCUACUAUUUUUUAAUCAAAGAAAGGCAUUGAUAAGGGAAUCGUUAAAGAAUUGAAUCGAUGAUGAAAUCGAUAAAAUCUUAUCAAUUCCCAUCCCUAGUUCUCGUUACUCUUGACUUUCUCUCUGCAGUCAGUUGAUCCCAAAGACCAUAAACUGUGUUAUGUAUGGAAUUUGUCCAAGUGGUGUUGCCGUAAAUGCAGAGUAAAUGUCUCUCACGUCUUAAAACUGGGUUUAAACUGUUUCAAAUGUGGACUGAGUCCUGGAGUGUGAAACACAAACUUUAAGAGUCCAGUCUGAGGAAACCUGCAGGUUUGAAUCUGAACGUGAACUUUACUCAGAUGAACAGCCGAGCGUCUGGUUUUAUCCUCCGGGUGGUCCUUCCUGUUUUUAGUUCCUGUUAAUUUAAGUUCAGAUGUUCCUUUAAUGGUUUGGAUCGGUCUGUAAAUCUGCAGAAUGUGACUUUAAAAAUGUAAAUGAUGAUUUCUAAAUAAAGACGAUGAAGCAGAGAGUGUGUCCAUGAAAUCCUGACUGUAAAAACACGACCGCGUAUGUGUGUGUGUGUGUGUGUCUGCUGUAAUUAGCAUGUCCUAUCUCUCUCUGCUGGGACUUAAAUACCAUCCUGUCUCUGUGAUCCUCGUCGAUAAAGUCUGCGUGAUAGCCAUUCAUUUUAAAGGUUCCCUGAAUCAGACGCAGCUCGUCUCUGAUUGGAUGAUCACACUGAUGACAUCAUACAGCUGAUGAUUCGAGUACAGACCGGUUUCCUCCACUUGAAGGGUAAAAAUUCAGUUCCAGAAAUCAUCUUUACUUUUAUUUAUUAACGCUCACACAGCAGAGCUUUGGAUCAUCUGCUGAGUCAGAAACAUACAUGCAGAAAUCAAAACAUGCAACAUUACAAGAGAAAAGAUGUAGAUGUAGAUUACUUCAGAUGUUGGUUUAGUGUCUGUAUGGCAGUGGGGGAAAAACUAUUCUUGAAUCUGGCUGAGUCAGCUGUCAAAGACCUGUAAUGCCCCCUAGAGGUCAUGAGUGUGAACAGGUGGUGUGUGUGGUCUGAGGUGAUUUUCAGCGCUUGCUUUGUGACAUGUCUUUUUGGAUGGGAGGGUGUGGUCAGUGAUUUUGGAUGAUCUGAUGAUUAAACGUUGAAGUUUUGUGAAUGAGUGACUGAGUUUCCGUCCAGACUAUUAUUGAUUAUUGAUGAAGUGAGGACUACCUAAAUUAGUGCCCUAGGCAGGAUUACUCCCCCACCACCACCAUGGCACACCAGCCAAAUGAACAAUCACAUACAGUCACAACUUUCAGGUAACUCUCAUGUGAUCAGCAGCACCACAUUUUAGGAAAAUCAUUGUUUAUUCAUUUAAUAUAUUCAAUAAUACACACAAAGGAGGGCGACUGGGCAUAGAUAAUUAUUUUUAUUUUUAUUGUUUUUAUUUACUUAUUUAUUUUUCAGGAAGACAGGAAGCUCCUAAUCCAGAGGUAAAGGGUGAUAUCAAUGUUCACGUCUAUGAGUUUGUUACAGAGACGGGGUCGAUGGUGUUGGAGGCAGAGCUAAAAUCUAUUAACAGAGCACGGGCAUAGGUGUGAGAGGACUGGAGUAUCCUGUGGAGCACAAAGUUCAUCCUCAACAGACCUGUUGGCCCGGUAUGUAAACUGUAAACGGUCCACUAAGGGGGUGUGGUGAUUUUUUUCAGGUGAGAGAGAAUGAUGCGUUAAAAUGAUUUCAUGAAGACAGGAGUGAGGGCGAUCGGUCUGUCGUCACUGAGAGACAAUAAAUUACUGUUUUUAGGAGCCGGAGUGGUCACAGAGUCCUCCUUUCACUGAUGGAGGGAACUUUCAAAGUUAUUGGUGAAUAUCGGGGCGAACACCGUCAGGACCAGCUUCUUUCCUUUUCUAUUGAUAUGAAUUGAGUUUGUAAUGCUGAAGCGUAAAACAUUUAGAGCGCCCCCUGCUGACCAGCCGCAGUAAAGCCCUCCUC